GCCGGGCGGUGUUAUCCCGACGCUGGUGGCGAAGCACCGCUCUGAGACUUUACCGGCUUUCUCUCUGCCGUUGCGCUCUCACCUGUCACAGGGAUCCGCAGGCAUGCCGUGUCGCAAGGAGAGUUUUCUUUUUCUGGAGCGGUCGGUCACUGUGGGCUCCCAAGAAGUGGAUUCUCUGGUGGCUCGUAUAGGGGAAGCCCUGCAGCUCAAUGCCCAGCGAGCCCCGGCCUCCUGCAGCCUUACAUACGGAAACCUGAAACCUCCAGCCAUCAACCGGGCCUCCUGUUCCUGUGUGCGUGGCAGGGCCACGCCGUACCCGGUAUGCACACCCCGAGGGGCUGGCCGGUAUCCCCACCAGCAUCAGGGGGUCUACACAGGGCCAAAGCACCAGGACUAUGGAGGAAAUAAGCAGCUCUGUGGCCGGGGAUGGCUUCGGGCUGGAUGCCGGAAACACAACCAGCAAGCGGGCGAGAUGGACGGAGAGGAGGAAGAUCCUCAUCAGCUGCUGCAGGAGCUUUUGCUCUCCGGGAAUCUCAUCAAGGAGGCGGUCAGGAGGCUUCAUUUGUCCGGAGACAGCCCUCCGGCGGGGUCCGUACAGUGCAAAGUUAGCGAAGCCUCUGAGACCACCGUCCAGUGAACGCGCACCCCAGGAGCCUCACAUUGUGGAAAUAAAACACCGGCCCCGAAGGGCCACUUCUGUUGUACAAGCGAUUACUCGAAAUACAGGCCUGAUUUGACCAGCGCUCCUAGUGUAGAUGCGGUUUCUUUUAAGCAAUAUGAUCAA